CCCUGACCUGCUGUCGUCACUUCCGUCCCUGACGAGCUUCACGUUUCCCACCGUGACCUCAGACUGUCGUUGAACAGAUGCACGCCUCCUAGCAUUAGCUUUAUAAUAAAUUAACUUCACACACUAAACACACUGUCGGUUGCACCGAGUUUCUUAGCGACUUGUUCGCCGUGCACACAGCCGAUCCAAGCCACCAGACACGGAGCGGGCGACAGCAGGAGACAUGGCCGGAAUCGAGGAGCUUUCCCCCGCAGCGGGCCCGGUGUCUACCCGGCCCCCCGAGGACGAGAUUGACGACGAUGAAGAUGAAGAUCUGGAUGAGACACUGAUGGAGAGGUUGUGGGGCCUGACGGAGAUGUUCCCUGACACAGUUCGCACAGCUGCUGAGGUGUCUGCAUACUGCUCCGUCUCACUGGCAAAGAAGUUCUACAGUUUUUCCCGUGCAGCACUCUGGGUUGGUACUACCUCCUUCAUGAUCCUUGUGCUGCCUGUUGUGUUUGAGACAGAAAGACUACAGUUGGAGCAGCAGCAGCUACAACAGCAGAGACAAAUCCUGUUGGGACCCAACACUGGAAUGUCUGGCGGGAUGCCGGGCAUGAUGCCUCCUGCACCCGGCAAGAUAUGAGACACAGGAAGGACCAACAUGAACCUGAGACCUGCUGCCAGCGAUACAGCGGGGGUCGAUCGCAAGGAGAGACGUGGAGAAAAACUGAGAAGCAAAAGCUGCAGCAUGACAUUCGGCUCACUCCAACGUACUGGAUUGGAGGAGGAAGAUGUGAUGCGUCUCUCACACUUCUCUCUCACCGUCUCUCCUUACUCCAACAUCAUGCAGAGACUUUUUUCCAGGAGCACUGCUUCUAUUUUCUUUUUUCAUUUUUAAAAUAAAUACUUAUAUCAACAUAAAUGAUGUUCUCUUUAGGGGGAUAGCAGAUACAAGUGGAUACGUUUGAAGUAAAAAGGUUACCAGUUGUAUGUCUCGGUGUUUGCGGUCUGAAGAACGUUGCUGUAAUUACAGUACUUUGACAUUUUUCUUCAUCAUCCUGUGCUUGCUGGUUCCACAUUUAUGUGGAGAAUGGUAUUAACCCAUUUAGGCCUAAAACGCCUGGAAAAAAUGCCUGUAAAACCUCUGGGCGAUUUUAAAAUAACCCCCUAAAACCUGAAGUUUUUCAGGAAAUUCAACAGAAGUGUCAACGCUUCCUACUAAAUAAUAGAUUUUUCAGCCUAGAAAUGAAAUUCAAAAAAGUCCCAUGUUGCAUUGCGGCUUUCACACAUAUAUUCUGAUGCAUUUCAUUGGCCAAGAGACCGAAAACAGGUGGAAAAAACUACAAAAUGACGUAUCCCUUUUUCCCGGCUUUAAUGGUAGAAUAAUCCAAGAGCGCCCCCGGUUUGAAUGGUAGAAAUGGCUUAAAUGGGUUAAUUGAAUAUCUCACAAACAAGUCUGUUGCACUGCAAAGCGUAGACACUGUAGACAAGAUUUACUGAGAGGAAUGUGGUCCAUAGAUGGCCUCUUGACAUCCUACAAGCUAAAUGACACUUUUUUCUAUAUGGUGCAUUCCUGUCUGUACACAUGUCACAGUUCAAAGUUGUCCUAUGUAUGUCAAGAGUGCAAUGCAUCUCACUUUACAGUUAUUGGUUUUGUUAUACGGUUCUGGUUUUAAGCAAUAGAUUGUAUAAUGCAACACCAGAUUCCAGGCUGUUAAAUGAUUCAAUGAUUGUUUCAUUGAUAGUAUGUGAAAAGCAAAAAUGAUUUUGUCAUUUAAUACAGGACAAAAGUCAAGGUUUUGGACAAAUGUGGUAGAUGCCAAGUGUCUCGAUAUUACCCUUGAAGUGUCCAGUCUGAAGAGAAUGUUUUUGUUUUUUUUUAUUUAUCAGUCGUCGUCCAUGUGAAUUUACAAUCUCCUAUCUCUGUUCAGUAAGCAAACCAACAUCUCUGUUUUGUCUUCAACAUGACUGCGAUAAUUAAAACACCAAAUCAAAUGGAAAACCGAGUGUUUACUUUCA